GUAGAAAAAAAGGACCUCAUGCAGGUAAAGAAGGCAAAGCACAUCACAUUCCUAACUAGUGAAUUGUGACCUUGCCUCAAGCGACUGUUAAUGUUGCCAUAGCAACAAGUUUUAAGGGAGGUGCUUUCUGUGCCACUUCAUCAUCACUGCGGCAGUGUUGACUGUUGAACCUGCAGCAAAUGAGAAACCCACAGGGACAGAGCGCAUUGUGUUUCAAAGUUGUGAAAUAGGAGCAGGGAAAGGGCAGCAGUGCUUGCUAACAACAAACAUCCUGGUGUCUAUCUGCUAGACCAGAUUCCACUUGACCAGAGCUAUUAGUGCAAGAAGAACAUUCUGAAGAUCAGGACUGUGUACCAAUAUUCUCAACAUGAGAGUUAACUCUCAGACAGACUAGCCUAGAAGCCAAGUGAGCAAAUGAAAUUCAACACCAUGGAGCCAGUUGCCAUAGAAAACAACAUGCCAAUGACUAUAGCAACCAGCAAUAUCACCCAUGGCAUCAGCCUCGGACAUGCAGAGGGCAGCAGUGACGCUGGCAGUGUUAUAAAGAGAGCGGCUUCACCGGAAACGGGGGAAGUUGGCCAAGUUAAAAGGGCGCGCUCAGAAAACGAGACCACAGAUACUGACAUCACAGGCAUCCAUACACCGAGGUCAUCAACAGAGCUUCAAACAUUGAGUCCAGCAGGCCAGAUAGAUACAUGUAACAAUACUGAUUCUCCCAGUCAACAUAGUCACAAUACUCUACAGACCAAUGGGACAACUGAUGGUGUCCUGGGUCUUCCCGUGUCCAGUGAUGUCUCCACAUACAACAGCACAGACACAUGGGUAAUAUCAGGCGUGGAUACAGCCAAUGAUACAGUCAAAGCUGAUCAGACAAGUGAAUCUACAAAUUCUGAGACAGCCUACACAACUGCAGAUAGUAUUGAUAGUUUAACCUCAGGUGAUCCUAAUAAGUCCAAUAAUUUAGAAAAUUUUACAGGAGACCUUUUUAGAACCACAGAAUAUCAAGGAAUCCUUCCAGUAGUAACUGCAGUGACCAGUGGGUCCAACACAAGUGACGCCAAUAUGCAGGCCUAUCCUAGUAUGGGCACACAAGGCAGCUUUGCCGUCCAGAAUGCCGCAGCUUUUUAUAACCCUCAGGCAGGCCAAGGUGCUUAUGGGAUGCUGCCACAGGCAUACCCAAUGUCUGCAGAUGUCAAAUUAAAACAAACGAUGAAUAGUCAAGCAAUGGCAAGUGGUGCUGGGUAUCUCAGUCCUUAUGGAACAGGGUUUAAUGCACAGACGGGGCAAUAUCCAUAUGGUUCGGUGAAUGCAGGGUUUCCCAGCAAUACAACAGGGAGCACUGGCUUUAACGCCCAACAGGGUUUAGACUACAGUGCUUAUGGGGGUUACACGAGCCAGGGUGGCUAUCCAUACGCAUACCCAGGGUACAGUUCCUACAUGUCCACAGCUGAUGCUGCAGGCUUGGCCUCCACAUCACCCCCCAGUACGCAGACAUACAAAUUGGUGGAUCUACCACCCGCUACUACAGGUGAGAAGCUAGUGGUGCCGGCUUCUAUAGUUACAGCUGGACCCUUGACCCACUGGCAGGACAGCAGUGAUAGCCAAUAUAAUAUUCCCAGUCCGUCGCCACCACUAAAGGCAGAAGCAAAUGGUACGUCUAGGGGUAGGAGUAGACGGCGGAGACAAAAUAAUCCAUCUCCGGGUCCUGAGAAUGACUUGGAGAGGGUUUUUGUUUGGGACCUGGAUGAAACCAUUAUUAUAUUCCAUUCUCUUCUCACAGGGUCCUAUGCACAGCGGUAUGGGAAGGAUCCUCCCCAGUCUGUGUCUCUUGGGUUGCGUAUGGAGGAAAUGAUCUUCAACCUAGCAGAUACACAUUUGUUUUUCAAUGAUCUGGAGGAAUGUGAUCAAGUUCAUAUAGAUGAUGUCUCAUCAGACGACAAUGGUCAAGAUUUAAGUACUUACAAUUUCCAGACAGAUGGUUUCCAUGCAGCAGCCACAAAUGCAAACCUGUGUUUAGCAACAGGUGUAAGAGGGGGCGUGGACUGGAUGAGGAAACUGGCAUUCAGAUAUAGGAGGAUAAAGGAAAUCUACAACAGCUAUAGAAAUAAUGUUGGAGAUGUGACAUUUUCAGGUUUAUUGGGACCUCAGAAGAGAGACCAAUGGCUACAGUUAAGACAAGAAAUUGAAGCUCUGACGGACAGUUGGUUAAACUUAGCUCUUAAGUCCCUCCAAAUUAUCAACUCUAGAUCAAAUUGUGUGAAUGUGCUAGUCACAACUACGCAACUAGUACCAGCAUUAGCUAAAGUUUUACUCUAUGGACUGGGAGGAGUUUUCUCAAUAGAAAACAUUUAUAGUGCAACAAAAAUAGGAAAGGAAAGCUGUUUUGAACGUAUAGUAUCCCGGUUUGGAAGAAAGUGUACAUAUGUCGUUGUGGGAGAUGGGCGAGAUGAAGAAGCAGCAGCCAAACAAAUGAACUGGCCAUAUUGGCGUGUAUCAAAUCAUUCCGAUCUUGCGGCUUUACACCAUGCACUAGACCUGGGAUAUCUUUAACAGACAAUGAGGAAAAAUGACAGUAGAGAGGGUAAAAGAAAGAAAGAAAGACAAAAGUAGUUCAGCAACAUAACACAGCUAGUGCACUUUGAGAGCAGUUUCACAAGAUUGCUCAACAGGCACAACGUUGUGACUGUGGACCGUUGUACAAGUGAUUUUGUUGCUGCACAAUAAAUGAGUACUUGCUGGUGUGGUGCUGGAAGUUCUGAGCUGGACAGAUUGCUUUUCCUUUUUAAUUUGAAGCUCACAACAUGAAAUUUCAAGGGGAAGCAUGCAUGAACAUGAAGAAGAGAGGAAGUUUGAGUUGUCAGCAUGGCAGGGUUUAGAAGAGUUCAUUCAGACUGGAGAAGAAAUAAUUGUUUUGAUAAGUGGAGGCCCUUCAUUCCAGGCUUGAGCCUCAAUGUGUAUCACAAAAGAUAGUGUUGGACUUAUUACCGUAUGGCUGCAUCUUUCCUAGGUAAUUGUUGGAAUAGUGAAGGAGACAAAUGAAAGUUGACAGACAGUUCGAGUCAGUAUUUUAUCCCUCACUAGUGCCAGAGUUAACAGUGUCAAUGUAAUGUUGAAAACAUGCACAUCUGCUUAAAGAAGUGUUAGCAAUUCCAACAGAGGACAUGUUACAUGACUGCUUGAGAUGCUGGAAGAGAUAAAUAAGUAAACUACUGUUCAGGUCACAGUAGUAAGGCAAGAUUUUCUUACUUCCAAGGAGACACUUUUCAAAGGCAAAAAGAUACUAGAGUGGGGAUUUUUCAUGAAAAACAUAGUGUUGGUUUACUCUAAAGAUUUGCUAGAGUGUGAUCAUAUUGUAGAACAUUGAGAAAUUCCAAGAAUGUUGGAUAAAAUCCACAAAAUUGAUGAACUCAGAGAGGCCAAGCUGGUGAAUUAUUUGACUGUUCAUACAGGUAGUACGCAAUAACAGAGAACUAGUGCUUAGUAUUAGACGGUAGAAGAUUCUAUAUAUUUGGAAAUUUACUUGGGAUAUGUAAACACUUAUCAUGGAUUCCCUUGAAAUUUACCUUUUAUUUGAGAAUGAUAUAACAAAUUGUUGCCAUAGCAACAUUGUAUAGAUCUUCAUUUCUCUCUUUGCUGGAGGAGAGAAUGUAUAUGUGUUCUGUGGGUAUGAUUUUUUACGAAACACAUCAAACGUGCAAAUACGGUGCUCUAAACUUUGUUCUCUGUAUCCAGCACCAUUUUUUUCUGAGGCUUCAGUUGUGCAUCCAUAAAAACAUUUUAUCUAGAAAGGUUGAUAACUGUGCUUUAAUUUAAUAAUAAUUAAUUAACAGAUGUGAAGUCAUUUUGUCAUGUUUUUUUACAAGUAAUUAUUAUGAUGAGGAGAGUAGCAUAUUUAGAAAAAUGUGCUUUAUUAUGAUUUUUAUUUCAGUGUUUAUUUGAAUAGUAUUUUUAUUCUAUUGUAUGUACAGUAGUGGUAGAAGGCAUAGGGUCUACAAUCCAAUCAUAUUUUGUUCAGAGGCAUUUGCAUGUUGUAGGUGUUUUCUGAGUCUACAGUCCCAAGUCUACACUAUUUAUGCCAUACACAGUGGGGUGAUAGGGACCCAUCAUUUUUUCAUUAAAUGUGAUGUAUAAAAGACAUGUAAAAUACUUUUUAUGAUGUUGCACAAAUCCAGAUUUUGAAAUUUCUCUGUGAAACUUAGUUUUAUUCGUCUGGAAUUAUAAUCAUUUUUGCUUACUUUUUGCAAAUAUUUGAGUAAGGUCGGUGUGAUUUAAGGAUUUUCAGACUUGAGUAGUUUAAAACUCUUGUGAGCAUCUGAUGAGAUUUUUUAGAAUUAAGCUGCCACUGAAAGUGUAGGAUUACCUCAUAAAUACAAACCUGCACUGUACUUGUAGAAAUACAUUGUAAUAAAAAAAUGUUGACUUGGUUAACAUGAUUUCACUGCGAUAAGGAAAUCUUGAAAUUUAAUCUCUUUUAAAACCAAGAUUGUAAUUUGGCAACUUGCAUGUUAAGAUGAAGAAUAACCAGAUUUAUCAUUAUUAUUGUUAUUAUUAUUUUACAAGUCCAUGUUCCAACCAAAAUUUUUUCCAUGGAGUAGGUAUGCAUCAAAGUUUUAUAAGCAUUGUUCUCUUAAUUCUAAAGCCAAGUCAGUAAGAAAACAAAAAGAUGGAAUAACUAUUUUCUAGAUAAAAUCCCCUCCGAUGAAUGUAUUUCUCAUAAUAUUAUAUGCUAGCUGUCACAAUUAUGUAUUUAUAAGUCUAGCAGUUUGCGUUGGUUGGGAGAAUGUCACAUUGUGUGUUUGUGUGUGUUUGAAGGGCACCAUCAUAAAAAAACCUAAGAAUGUGUAUAAAAAGCCUUGGGCUAGCUUUCUUAAAAAUAGGCUUAAAAUAAACCAUAUUGGUCCCCUACUGCAUAAACUAGUUAGGGGCCUAGUUUAAUGGUAAUAUUACUGUACUUAAAUAGUCUCAAAACCUUAUUGAUAUUAUAUUUUUUCAGCUGGAACAGAGAUCUUAGUUUUCAAAGAAACAAUACUGAUGUAGUGGUAUCGAGUGUUUGUACAGUGUAAAAGCUAAUUAUUUUUAGUUUGUAGUAACCCUCAAUAAAACCACUUAAUAAAUGAAUAUUUGUAA